UGUAGGUCAACAACAAUUCUUUGUAUUCAAGAAAUUUAAAAGAUUACACGUUUAAGCGGUCGUAAGAAUUCCAUAAAACAAACAAACAACAACAAUAACAAAAACGUCUUCAGAUUUGAAUUGACCUCAAUAGAGGAUCAGGCUUUUAGAGCCGCGAACUGCCCCCCUGCGGUAGCCAGCUUUAUAACCUAUAGGGAGCACUUGAGCUGGUAGCGUUUGCAGCCAUUCCAUAGUAAGAGUGGAUCACUAUUUGGCACUUUUCUGUGCGUGUGAGUACUCGCCUUUCUGUGUGUAUUGGGCAAAUAAACGGGAGAGAGCUUCGGAGGAGACUUCAAGCAACGGGGUGGCUUAUUCUUCUGUUUUCCCACCUCCUGGCUCCGGCGACAGCUCGAACGCUCUGAUGGAGGCGGAAAGAUCCGGCGGGGUGGCGGGUGGAACGAACCAGAGCCCCGCAGGAAGCGGAGCGGGGCGCAAUGCGAACGGGCCGAAGGCUGUGCUCGGUCCCGCUUCCACCGCAGCAGCGGCCGCCGCGGCCACCGGGGCGAUGUCUGGAGCCUCCCAGCCGCGAGAUCCGCAGGACGGGGACGCGGGCCUCUCGUUGCCCGGGAUCUUACAUUUCAUCCAGUAUGAAUGGGGCCGCUUUCAAGCCGAGAAAUAUCGCUGGGAGGCCGAGCGAGAUGAGCUGAGGACUCAGGUGGCGUUUCUGCAGGGUGAGAGGAAAGGUCAGGAGAACAUGAAGCAGGAUCUGGUGCGGCGAAUCAAGAUGCUGGAAUACGCUCUGAAACAGGAGAGGGCCAAACAUCAGAAGCUGAAAAGUGGCACUGACCAGAGCCCUGGAGAGAAGAAACCAGAGACCGAAGCUGAACCAAUACCCAAUGGGCCUGCAGAUUCAGAUUCAGAACCAACCAAUCAGAUGCCUUGGAAGGAGGGCCGUCAGUUAUUGCGCAAGUAUCUGGAAGAGGUGGGAUAUUCUGACACCAUCUUGGACAUGCGCUCCAAACGUGUUCGUUCCCUGUUGGGUCGCAACAGCCCAGAGGUGAAUGGGCCUCCUCCCAGCGAACCGCCCGCAGAACCAGAACCUCACAGUGGAGGAGAGUCACUACUAGUGCGCCAGAUCGAAGAGCAAAUCAAACGGCGUGCUGGAAAAGAGAGCUCUAAAGAGCGGAUGGGCAGCUCUGUCCUGGACCAAAUUCCUUUCCUCCGUGGCUGUGAGGAUGACGAUGAGGAUGACAGUGAUGAAGAAGAGGACUUCCAGGGCAUGACUACAGACUGCAUCGACGGACGCAAAAGCAAGAAGUCCAGGAGCAAGAUGGGCGGAGAAUCCAUGACCACAGAUCUUGACCCCGAGGAUGACGAUGAUGAAGAGGACUCGGAAGACGCUCUGGGCGAGUUUGAUUUCUUGGGCUCGGGAGAGGAAGGCGAAGGGGCGGGAGAAGCUCGCAUAUCUGGAGACGGCCGGGAAUUAGGUUCAGAAAACCGCCGGAAUAAGUUGCAAGGCAUUAUGUCAGAUUUCCCGCCCAAACCAGCUCCACCUCCUUCUAUCCCGGGCCAGACACGCUCUGGAGAGGGGGGCGCUCUUGGAUUCUCCUCUGAUGUCUUCAUUCUGGAUGCUGUCGGAGGAGGGGAUAUGAACCUCGGAGAGCUGGCUGACCUCACUGUUGCCAACGACAAUGACCUCACCAUUGACUUGCAGGACAAUCGAGAAGAGUUCAAGAAAACGUGGAACCCUCGCUUCACGCUGCGAAGCCACUUCGACGCCAUCCGGGCGUUGACCUUUCACCCCAGCCAGGCCGUGCUGCUGUCUGCCUCCGAGGAUGGGACGCUCAAACUUUGGAACCUCAACAAGGCGAUGCACUCCAAAAAAAAUGCAGCGCUGGACGUUGAGCCCAUUUAUACAUUCAGAGCACACAGUGGUGCUGUUCUUUCUCUGGCUAUGGGAGAGGAAGGAGAAUCAUGCUUCAGCGGCGGUCUGGACGGCUCCAUCCGCGGCUGGAAGAUUCCAGACCUUAAUGUAGAUCCUUACGACAACUAUGAUCCCGGCGUGGAGAGCAGCGUGUUGUCGGGUCACGAGGACGCGGUGUGGGGUUUGGCCUACUCCUCCAGCUUGAAGCGCUUGGCCUCCUGCUCUGCAGACGGGACUGUGAGGAUCUGGGACCCCCAUAAUUCCUCACCGUGUGUGUCUGUUUUCAACAAAGAGAAAGAACAUGGGACUCCCACCUCGGUUGCCUUUGUAAACUCCGACCCGUCCCAGGUUGUUGUUUCCUUCGAUGGGGGCGAGACUCUGCUUUAUGACCUCAACACAGAGCAAAGCAUCAUGGUCUUGGAGACCCAGGCUAAGGAUGGCAGUGAGCUGAUUAACCGCGUGGUCAGCCAUCCAUCCCAACCAAUUUCCAUUACAGCCCAUGAGAACCGCACCAUCCGUUUCCUGGACAAUAAGACAGGGAAAGUGAUCCAUUCCAUGGUGGCUCACCUGGAUGCUGUAACAUGUCUCACCACAGACCCUAAAGGCACUUACCUCAUCUCCGGCAGUCAUGACUGCUCUGUGCGUUUGUGGAUGCUGGACAAUCGCACGUGUGUGCAGGAGAUCACCGCGCACAGGAAAAAACACGACGAGGCCAUUCAUGACGUGGCCUUCCACCCCUCGCAGCCCUUCAUCGCCAGCGCAGGGGCCGAUGCGCUCGCCAAGAUCUUUGUUUGAUUUUCUCAUUGGGGAUCCACCCUCACUACUGGGCCACAAGAGUGAAACGCCGAGUAUCUACACACACACACACACACACACACACACACGCUCACUAAAUGAGGGGAACAAUGUUAAAGGCACACGACUCAAUAACCCAUCAUUUUUUAUGCCUCACACAUUGUGAUACAAACCCUACUGCUUUAAAUACUAAUGAGUUUGCUGCUCAUGUCCCAAUUUCAGUUUUAGUCUACACUAAUAAUAAUCUGCAUGGUGUGUUGCGAAGGAUGUCCAAUCUGUUGACGGAUGGACUCAUGCAAACACACACACCUUAACACACAACUCGCACCCUGGGUUUUAAUUUCAUGCUCCGUUUAGGUUGAGGAUGUGAAGGCUCUCGGUAAACAAGACCUUACACAAGCCUGCACAUUGUCUCAAUGUAAAUUGCAUUAGUGCUGAUCUGUGAAUUAAUGUCCUCGCGUAACUGUUGCCUAGUAACGUGAGGCAAUUGAUGCAUUUCAUUCCAAAGACUGCUUUAGAUUAGUUUUUUUUGGUUGCGUUUUAGCUGCAAGUACAACACAGCUUUACCUUUAGCCUCACAGCUAAGAGCCUUAGUGUUUCAGCCUUUCGUAAUCA